AUGAAUCCACUUAAUAUAUAGAGUGAAAAUAAGGAGUCUGAAUUAAAAGAAGAAUAAGCAGUUUAGAAUGAGCAGGAAGAAGUUAGAACAUUAACUAAUUUAAGUAUUGAGGACAAAAUUAAAUAAAAGAAGAUUAAUGAUGAUCAUCUUGAGAGAAAUAAAAAGAGAUUAAUUAGAUAGUUUACAAUUCUAUUCAUAAUCACUUUAUUUAUAAUAAUAGAAAGAAUUUUAUAUUCCAUUAUUGUAGGAGUUGAAAAUGAACUUUUAAGUGACUUCUAGAGUUUAUUCAAUUUGAGAAAAUCAAAAUUAACUGAGUUUGAUGAAAUGGAUUAUUUUAAUGAUAAUUUUUUAUUUGAUAUGGCAGGAAGUGUUCAUAGGAAUGGAAUAUCUAUAAUGAUAUUUACAAAUUACUUUAUUACUUUAUAUGUUGGAUUCGAUGCAUUAAUUGCUGUAAAAAUAUUAUAUACAUCUUAUUUGAGUGUGUUUAUUGUAGCAUUCUUAUAAUUGAUAUAUUCAGAUCCUAGACCAUUUUGGGUAUAUGAGAAAGUAUCAUUAUUUAUAAUAAUAAGUUAGUGACUUCCCUUUGUAUACCAAGUUAUGGAAAUCCAUCAUCGUUUGUUUGUUAAUUGACAUUCACUUUAUUUUAUACCGUAUAUUGUUAUAAGACUAAGAAUCAUACUAGAUCAUUUAAGACUUAUGAUUAGAAAAUAGAUAGAAAAGUAAAAAUAGUUCAAUUAUGCAUAUCACUAUUUGUUUUUCUGUAUUCUAUAUUGUUAUUUUUAAUGGCUUUAUAAUAUUUGAUAAAUAUGAUUUUGGGUUUGAUUUAUUGCUUUGUAUUUUAUGCAUUUUAUGUAACAUUUGAGAAUUAGAUCAAUAAUAUAAUUAAGCAUUCUACUAUAAUGAAUAUUGUAAUAUAAUAUAAUCAAUAAUAUUAGGAUUCAAAACGAUAUGUGUUUUAUAUAUCAUUUUUCUUAUUGAUAACAGAAACAAUAGCAGCAAUGUUAAUAUCAAAUGAAUAUGAAUUGGUUAAUAUUGAAUGGGCAAAUAAUUUUAUGAAUUGUCUCUAUAUGACAGAUAUUAAUGCAAUGAAAAUACCAGCAUAAUUGUUAAUGGGACCACAUUUUACAUUCUAAAAAACGAGUGUGAUAUUUGCUUUGAUUGGUGCCUUAUUUGGAGUUUCACAUUGUUUUAGACACAUAAAUUCACUUGAAUGGUAUAAAGGAGAUAAGAGAAAAAGAAUCUUAAGAAUAAUAGUAGCAAAUCUAUUUACAAUACCUGGAUGGAUUUUUGCUUUGAAUGUUGAAUCAAUAGCUUUGAAUAGUAGAAUGUAUGAAUGGGGAGCUUCAUUCUUUUUAGUAAAUAAUUAAUUUGAUUGUUUAUAGAUGGAGAGUGUAGCAUUUUUGUUGUUUUAUUUCUUUAUGUUUGCAAUAAUCCCAUUGUAUGUUUUCAAAUAUUUACAUUUGAAUGCUUCUAGUUCAUCAUCAUAUGUUGUAGUUAAAUUAUCAGAAGAAGAUUGAUUUUGUUAUUAAUUAUUAUAAUAAAUA